AUGCUCUUCGGAAUGUUCUUCGCCUUUUGGCGAUUCUGCGAGAUCAUCACUCUGAUCCCCACAUUAGGAAUGCUCGCAUACUUUGUACACAUCUACGCCUCCAACAAUGCCCUAACCCCAAACUACAUCCUAGUACUCUUCAUCGUCUCAGUACUCGCCUGCGCCUGGGCCAUCGCAACCCUCUUCACCUACCACCGCACGCGCUCCAACGCCAUCUUCGUCUGCAUCAUCGAUCUCUGUUUCGUCGGGGCCCUCAUCGCCGGCGUCUACGAGCUACGCUUCAUCACGCACUCCAACUGCGCAUCUGUCAACACUGGCGCCGCCUACUAUAUUAAUUUCGGCGCCUGGGGCAAUGCCGAUGUUAAUGGUGUUAGUGUUAAAGUCGAUAAGACGUGUGCGAUGCUUAAGGCUUGUUUUGCGUUUGGCAUUAUGAAUUGUAUCUUUUUUGCAAUGACUAGUUUGCUGGCUUUUAUGGUGGGGGGUGGGGGUGGUGAGAGGAUGGGGGGCAGAAAUGAUAAGGUUUAUGUGAGGGAGACGCAUGUUACGAGGCAUGGGCAUAGGAGGAGUGGGAGUCAUAGGAGUAGAAGGAGCGAUCAUAGGAGGGCGUAUGUUUAG